AUGCCUAUUAUAUUAUUACAUCGAUCAAUUUUAUCAAUUCAAGCAAAGACAUUUUCUUAUAAAACACGUAUUCGACGAUCGUAUGAUGAUGGAAUAAAUUUAAGACAGCAAACUGUUGAAAUUAAUUCCAUAGAACGUGCUCGUCGAUGUUCACUUCACGAAAAUGAUGAUAUUUGGACUUUAUAUAAAACAAUGCAUCCCAACGUACGAACACUUGGUGAUGCUUUGAAUGAAGGGUAUAUUAAUUCAAAAGAUGGACCAUGUUUAGGUGUUUUAAAAUCAUCGAAUGGUAUUGAUUCAUUACAAUGGCUUCCUUAUUCCAAGGUUAAGGAACAAUGUCGAUACAUUGGUUCGUAUUUAUGGGCAAACACGAAACUAACACCGAUGCAAUCGAAAGUGGUUAUUCUAUCAUCAAAUCGUGCUGAAUAUUUGUUUGUUGAACAAGCAUGUUAUAAAUAUGGAUUUAUUGUUGUUAGUCUCUAUACUACUUACGAUUCUGCAACUAUUUUAGAUGUCCUUCGACGGACUCAAGCUGAGGUACUUGUAGUUGAUAGCAUGGAACGCAUUCAAGCAUUUCAGGAUGAUUUAUUGAAUAAUAAUCAAAUUAAGGAGAUACUAGUCAUGGAUGACAUGAACUAUGACGAAAAUAGCAAAAUUCGUCCUCUGUCAACAAUAUUCAAAUCAAUAAAGAACAAUAAUUUACGUGAACGACCAAUAGUUGAUCCAGAUAGUAUUGCUACAUUUAUUUUGACAAGUGGAACAACAGGUAAAAUUCAAAAACAAAAAAUGAAUAAUCGUUAA